AUGCUUGAUGUUAGGCCUAGGUGUGGGUGUGUCGAUCGGGUCUGUAAAGCCAAGUAUGAGGACUUGCAAAAGCGUUAUUCUGGCUCCACGGCUUGGUUUGAAGAGCUAAGAAAUCGCCGAGUGGAGGAGCUGAAGAGAGAAUUAGCUAGAUCUGAAGACUCAAUAGGGUCUCUUGUGUCAAAAAUAAAAACUCUGGAGGCAGAGAAACAACAUUCAAAUCAGGCUGAUUAUAGUUCCCUCCAGUCUGAAUCUCCUCUACUAAAUUCAGGCAGCGUAGAGUCUUUUGGCAAAGAGACAUCGAAGGACGAACACUCUGCUGGAAGCUUUACGAAAGAUACCAGGACAAGUACAAGCUGGUUAUAUGAACGUCCACAUCCAGUGACAGUGUUAGCUGCGGAAACAGAUGUGAAACCCAAUGUUUCAUUUUCCUCUGAGCAGGAUAAAGAUCUAAGCAUUCAGACUGGGCAAGGAGUGCCUAUCAGGAAGAGAAGAGGCCAGAGGAAGAGGAAGGACUGUAAUAGAGAUGCCAAAGAAGGGAGUGUCGCAGAGAGUGACAACUUGGGUUCGUCCAAUGCAGCCUUGACUACAUGGAAGGAUGCAUCUACCAGUGAUUGUCAUUGGAUUACAAGAGAAUCCAGUAAAGUUAAUCAUAAUGGAGAUUCAUAUACUUCGAGUAGAGAUGAUUUGAUGGAAAUUUUUGAUUCAGUUGCCUCGAGUGAACUGGCCAUGGUCUUUAGACAUCGGAUGGACAGUCAGAAACGAGCAAGAUAUAGGAAAUUAAUCAGAUGCCAUGUAGAUAUCAGCACGAUAAGAUCAAGCAUCAUUGGACAUUCCAUAAGAUCUGCUAAAGAACUCUUCAGGGAAUUGCUUUUGCUUGCAAACAAUGCCCUGGUGUUCUACUCGAAAAGAACUCGAGAGUACAAAUCAGCAGUGUGUCUCAGAGAUCUGGUCAUGAAAAAAUACCGGCAGCAUUUCAGAAGCUCCUCCAACAAAGCUACAUCUGCCCUGCUUCCUAUGCGACCAAUGUCUAAUCCUCCUGUGAAGCCUCGGAGUGCACGUCCACGCCCUCGUCCUUUUCCAUGCAAAGAUAAAAUCACCGAGAAGUUUCCCAGUGAUGAUAAUCUAGAUCCUGCUACUGCCGAGGAACAGAAAACACCAUAUAAUUCGGAGUUAGAUAUGUCGUUGCAGUGCUUGUUAAAGGCUAGGAAAGACAUCAAAUUGCCAGGAAAGCCGAAAGUUGGGUUGGAUAAUUCAUGGCCUAAGUCUCAUGUAAAAGAAAGAAAACGAAUUCGACAAAAGUGA